AUGCAUUCCCAUCAUUCACAUAGUGGUACAUAUGUAUCACACGCAGCAGAUGAUUUAGAAUCCAUAGUCCGCAAAGCUCAAUCGAUGGGGUUUACCCAUUUUUGUCUUACAGAACAUAUGCCCCGGUUGGAAAAUAAAUUUCUUUAUCCAGAAGAGAUAGAGAAAAAUUACUCUAUUAGAGAAUUAGAUGAUGAUUUUAAACGUUAUUUGGAACAUGCUAAGAAAUUACAGGACAAGUAUAAUGCAGAAGGUCGCAUGAAGAUAUUAAUUGGGUUUGAAGUCGAAGGCAUAGAUGAAUCGCAUAUUGAGUAUAGUUCCAAAACGAUUAUAAAGGAGAAUCCGUAUGUGAACAUGUCAGUGGGAUCUGUCCAUUAUGUCAACCAAAUACCAAUUGAUUUUUCAUCAGAGUUGUGGAAGGAAGCUCGAGACUCGACACUAGAUAAGACAACAAGAUCUUUGUAUAAAGCUUAUUUUGACCUCCAGUACAAUGUUGUUCUGACACUAAAACCACCAGUGGUAGGUCAUUUUGAUUUGAUUCGUCUUUUUGAGCCUACAGAUGAAAUUGAUGAAACCACAAAUAAACCUCUCAAGGAUAUCAAUAUUGAAAGCGAUUGGCCAGAUGUAUGGGAAUCAAUAACUCGGAAUGUUAAAUUCAUCAAUGACUAUGGUGGUUUAUUUGAAUUAAACUCAGCAGCCAUUCGAAAAGGAUGGUCAUCUCCUUAUCCUAAAAAGGACAUGUGUGGUGCCAUAUUGAAGUAUGGAAAUGGUAAAUUUUGUCUUUCUGACGACUCACACUCGAUAGCACAAGUUGGUUUGAAUUUUCAUAAAGCUUGGGAAUAUGCUAGGGAUGUACUCAAUCUAGACUACAUCUAUUAUUUGGAUUUGGAUGAAAAUAUGAAGACGGUUACUAAACGUGAGUUAGUUCUGAAGCUAGAUAAGUCAAAAUUUUGGGAUCAAUACAAGUGA